AUGGUAGGCCCGCUGCGAAUCCUCAGGAAGGCGUGGAAUGAGAAGUUGCUGCUCGAGCGGACCCUAUUCACGCAGGUGCUCAGGGGUGGCAGCGGCGUCGGAAGCGGCAUUGGAAGUGGCAUAGGAGGCGGAAUUGGAAGCGGUGGCACUGGCAGGGGGUGCGAGGCCAUCCCAUGGCACCUCGCCAGGAGGAACAUAAACAUCUCGAGGAGAUGCUUCAACCAAGACCCCUACACCGUGCUGGGGUUGUCCCGAAACGCCACGACGAAUGAAAUUAAGAAGCAGUUUCGCUUGCUGGCCAAGAAGUAUCACCCAGAUAUUAAUCCCUCCCCAGAUGCAAAGCAGAAAAUGGCCUCCAUAACGGCAGCAUACGAACUUCUAUCCGAUCCGAAGAAGAAAGAAUUUUACGACAAAACAGGAAUGACAGAUGAUAUGAAUUACGAUGGACAUGCCUCUUCUGGAUCUGCUUCUAACUUCGAAGGAGCCUUUUCCGGCUUUGGAGAUGCCUCAUUCAUGUUUACUGAUUUUGCCGAGAUGUUUAGCAACAUGGCUGGAUCGAAGACUACGUCCACCAGGGGAGAAGAUAUCCAAACAGAAAUUACUCUCAAAUUUAUGGAGGCAAUAAAAGGGUGUGAAAAAAACAUCCGUCUGAACGUCAAAGUGUCCUGUAAUAGCUGUAACGGCUCGGGAAAAAAACCAGGGACGAACUUAACUAUCUGUAAAGUGUGUAACGGGUCGGGCAUCCAAAGAAUUGAGAGGGGGCCAAUCAUCAUUGGAGUCCCCUGUAGAAAUUGCUCAGGCAAUGGACAGAUUAUUAAUAACCCUUGUAAGCAAUGCUCUGGAAGCGGAGUGAAAUUCCAAACGAAAAAUAUUACCCUAGAUAUCCCUCCGGGGAUUAAGAAAGGAAUGCAAAUGAGGAUACCAAAUCAGGGACACUCAGGUUAUAGAGGUGGGAAAAAUGGUCACCUGUUUGUCACGAUAAAUAUCGAACCUCAUAAGAUCUUCAAAUGGGUCGAUGACAAUAUACAUGUGGAGGUCCCCUUAACCAUGAAGCAGUGCCUACUCGGCGGAGUGAUUAAGGUUCCCACGCUUAAUGGAGAUAUGGAUCUCCUCAUCAGACCUAAGACUUAUCCCAAUUCGGAGAGAAUACUUAAAGGGAAAGGUCCUUGCAAGGUUGACUCUCAUACGAAUGGCGACUUGAUAGUAAAAUUUAGUUUGAAGAUCCCAGACAGGUUGACCCCCAGGCAGGUCGAGCUGAUUGAGGAGUUCAAUCGAAUUGAGCUAAACCAGGGCAGGGACGACGCCGCGGAGAAGGCCAACCUGGGUAACAGCGGCGGUGGUAGCGGCAGCUGUGGAAACAGUAGCAGCACUGGGAGCAAUAUCAGCAGUGGCAGUGUGCGCAUCUCCCGGGAAGCAGGAGCCGCGAAGGGGGCGGAGAAUCACAUCCCGGAACCGCCACCAAUCUCGCAGAAAAAGAAGAACAACGUCAACAACUGGGAGGGCAAGAACGACUCAAAUCACUCCAACGAUUGCAACGAUUCGAACGUUCCUAUUCCGCCGCCCCCUCCGAAAUCGACAAGGCAAGGUGAGCAGGCCCACCGUGGAGAAGCACACGGAGAGGUGAACAAAGACACACGACUACACAACAAUAUGAAUACGGCGCACUCCAGUGGGGACGGCUCUGCAAGGCAUACGAGCAGCUUCGACCAGUCCACCACGACCAGUACCAAUAUGAACACGAACAAGGCAGGGAACUCGUCCUAUAAGAUGGACGACACAGCGGAAAAGAUCAACUCUUCUGGUGGCCACCAUGAUAACACAAUCAAUGGUAGUAACCACUCGGCCGAUACGUACCAGUCGGCGGAUUCGUACCAGCCGGGCGGGACGGAAGCCAGAGGGAGAAAUUCCUCCUCCACCUUUUCCUGUGCCAAGAAAUGGAUAUCAGACAAGUUGAGGCCCAAAAGUUAG